AUCUUGGUCGGAAAUGAAAUGUACCCUUUGACGGGAGGUUCCAUUGGGCAUUCCACACGAAUGUGUUGACAAACAAGUUGUGCCGAGCAGUUCGAAACCACACGCACACGAAAGCGCCCUUUCCAUACACAUUGUGCUUGAAUUAACUGCAACAAUGACGAUUUAGCAACCUACAGGCGACCUGCAAACCAUGAACAAACAAUGGUGAGUGAGUGGUCAAAACAUUCGUCGACGCGCACAACUAUUAUGAGCGAUCUGCAGCAUGGCGGCGGUGCAGCAGUAACAUUAGCGAAACGAUCCCGCAGCACGGACAACCUUGCGGUCGGUGGUAGGGUGGGCGGUCGUUUGGCCAACAGCCGUUUCCCGAGCGCACCCAGCCUGGUGGACCAUGAGUCAGAGAUGGCCUUUGUGAUACAUCGCUGUAGCAGCAGCAGUAAUAGCAGCAGCAGUACCAACAACAGCAAGCGCAUUCCACCGUUCAACUAUUACGACUGCAUCAAUCCAACAUCCGCCCCAUCAACAACGCCCCCAACCGGUCCGAUAGAGUAUGGCGAGUAUCAAGCAACACCACCGACCAAAUCCCGUACCGUCCAGAUGGGUUUCUUGGAUGAUCUCGUACCGCAGAAAGGGCGUCGGCUCCGGAAGCACUUUAACGAGCUGGAACCGUUCGAUGGACAGUGUCGGUUCUGGACCGAUUCCCCACUCGAGCGGAUACAUCCGGAACAGGGUUGCAUACCCAUACUGAAGGCUGUUUAUUUUUCACGCAAUAAUAAUGAUCUAGACAAAGAAAACGCCCACUUUAAGCUUGCGGAAGCACUCAUUUCGACCUUCGAAUUGCUCAAGUGGAAAAGCUUUCUGAAUCGCACACCAAGCGGUCUGUCGAAUCUUGAUUGGGAGAUACCUAGCGAUGGUGGCGUUACGGUUCCGGUUGCUAGUGGUAGUAGUAGUAGAAGGGAAAGUACACAAACGGGAAAUCAAGCGGACACGGACCGUACUGAUCCGUUGGAUGAAAGCUGUGAAGCGAUCGAGGCAAAGGAAAGCAUUUACGAUGAGCGGACGUAUUCGGCGGAAGAGAUAGCGAUAAGUUUGUUGGGGAAGUUCCAUGACAAGCAGCUCCCGUCGGCGUGUGAUUUUCUCUGGUUGGUUUCGGAGCAGGAUGCACCGCAGAAGCUGCUGCCGGUUCCGAGCGGUGGCGUAAUCGAUCCAGAUGAAACGAGCUAUCCGCACGACACGGGCACGCUUAUACGUGGUACGCAGGAGUGGGCACCACCUCGACCGCAGGUCAUUUUCACAUACCAACCACCUCCGUUAGAACGUCGUGUACAAAUUAUUAGACAAAGUAACCGUUGUGAAGGGUGCGGAAUUAAGGUAAAUCCGGCAUAUUUGAGCCGUUAUCGGUAUUGCCACUACACUGGCAAGUACAACUGUUCCGGCUGUCACAAAAACCAAAUGGCUAUUAUACCGGCACGCGUCAUACAGCGGUGGGAUUUUAGCGUGCUUCCCGUUAGCGUAUUUGCGUACCGUGUGUUGGGGGAUAUUUGGAGCACACCGCUGUACCGUGUGAAUCAUCUUUACCCGGAACUGUACGGUAACGUGAAGAGCCUACGUACGGUACGGCAGGCACGUGUAAACGUCAAGUACGUCAAGGACUUCAUCAUGAACUGCCGUCACUCGAACAGCUCGCGCCGCGUCUUCCAGGAAGUGCCUGAAUACUAUAUCUCCGACUUUGAUAUGUGGUCGAUGGCGGAUUUGCUCGCCGUCAAAAGUGGUGCACUGCUGCGGUUGCUGCACUCAAUUGUGGCACGCUGCGAGCGUCACAUUCUAUCUUGUGAGCUUUGUCUCGGGCGAGGCUUUGUGUGUGAAAAGUGCAUUAGCUCACCGCGAAAGGAGCCCGGUGAGCUGUUCCCCUGGCAGCCACGGGUGGUUCGGUGUGAAUCGUGCGGUGCCUGCUAUCACGAUGCUUGCUGGCGGAAGGAUAAAAGCUGCGAAAGAUGCACCCGAAUGCAGCGGCGCCGGACGGAAUCAGGAACCGAACAGACGGCAGAAAGAUGCUAGUAGAAGCAGCCGAUCGUGUUGAAGGGAAUUAAUUUAUUUUUCGCUAUACGUAAUCUCAUGCUUUGCGGGGAAACGUUUCGUAUUCUUGUACAUAAUGCGGUUAGCUCUGUUUUGCUCACGAUACGGUGUUUAUUGGUUGACGCGUUGGUUGACGGGACUGUUGAAUGCUGAAUCCGACUGGCAUGACACACGAUUUUGUCCGGGACUAUUUACAUGUAUAAAAUAUAUACAUAUAUAUAUACACAUUUCCAUAACUGAAUGCUAUUGUGCGACUCAUUACACGAGGUUUGAAACCGUGUGCCUUACCGAACGAGGAGGUCAUGAACGGAACGUCAAUCAUGAACGGGUGAAGAAGAAGAUGAAAGAACGAAAAAAAAACCUAAUCCCCACCAGCUCCCCACACACAUCCUAAGCAAAACUGAUACGGGUAAAAGGCAACAAAAAAAACGGAACAAAAAACGAAGAUGGAAUGACCUUCGUCGCGGUCGGCGUGUGAUGCUGCGGAACAACGCGGAUAUGAUGAUGAUGGGCUGCGAUGUUCGAAGCCUCGCAGGUAAACCGUACCGAACGGCACAAUCAGUUUUUCGCGUACCACACAAACGGAACCACAUACCCGCGAACAGGUUCAACCAAAAAGGCUCGCAAACGGCAAUGGUUCUGACCGCACGGAAUAAACGCAUGGCAUCGUUCGCGUACGCCAUCAUCAUCGGAUUGGUGGCAUUUUGUGUCGUAGGGACAACGCUGCUAACGACUUGCGAUGGUGCAAUACUUCCCGCUGCCUUAGCGGACAGCCCUGUAUACUUCGGUGGCAUCGUACCGGCGAACGGUCGGUUCGGCAAGAAGAUUCACCAUUUUCCCAACACGAUGAACAAACGGCAGCCAUCGGCGGUGGUUGGCAGCGAACUCCACCACACAGAACGAAAUCGUACCGAUGAUGCCUAGUACGACCAGUAUCACCAGCUGCACGUGGAGCCCGCAGUAGGAGGAGUAGACGAAACUGGCCGCAGCAGCAACCGACUAGAAUAGCAACAACAGCAGCAACAACAAAAAUGGAGAAAAAAUUGGGAAGAAAACGAAAGAAGAUUCGAAUUAAAAUCAAUAUCGCUAUGUAAGCGACGAACCCACAA